AUGAAUUCCGCUUUCUCAAAGCGUCGGACGGUGGUGAACCGUUUCGCCGAGGAUCACACGGUGAACGAGGACGAUGAACGACAACAGGCGGACGAUGCGCUAGCGGCCGGUGGCGCCAGAAGUGAACAGGACGACACGUACGCGGAAAUCAUGUCCGCCAUCCUGGCCACCGCUCGGCGGGCCGAAAUAGAGCGCCACAACGAGCGCAACAGUGCCAACCAUCAUCACCAGCACCACCUGGAUCCUGGUCCCCGACCGGACGUGGACGCGGAGGAUCGUUCACCUCCUCCGGAGGUCGCCAGCAACAGAACGCUGGUGGACGCCAAGUUCAACCGCCUGCUGACGGAGGUGACCGAAAUACGGGAUCAGAUCGGAGGCCGCCUCGAGACCAUCAACCGCCGGCUGACGCAAACGAGCCAGCUGUUCGUGGCCCAUCAGGACUACGGGCAGCGGUCGACGAAGGCGGGCGACCUGCUGCUGGUGGGCAUCCCGUACCGCCCCGGCGAGGAUCUGCGCGAGUGCUUCGUGCGGCUUGCCCGCCGACUCGGGUUCGCCGAGAGCGAGAUUCCGAUGGUUCACCUCAAGCGUCUCGCAGCGACCGCUCCUGUGGCGCUGGGUGGAACCGGUACUGGGCCGACGACCCGACCCCAGCCGACCCAGUACAGUCCCGCGGUGCUCGACAACCUGCCCCAGCGAAUGAAUGCCGGAGCGGCGGUGAUGCCGACUCCUCCAACGACGACGACGACGGCCUGCGGUCCCGUUCACGUCCAGUUCGUGUUCCGCAACGCCCGGAACGAGUUCUACCGGCGCUACCAGGACGGGGGCACGUCGAAGACGCUGUGCCUGCGGGACAUCGGCUACGAGGGCACGGGCCGGCUCUUCGUUAACGAGGACCUGACGCGCUGCAACGUGAGCCUGAAGGCGGAAGCGAUGCGGCUGAAGCGCGACGGCAAGAUCAAGAGCGUGUUCACCGUGAACGGGCAGAUCUACGUGAAGCGUACCGUCGACCAUCGGCCGGAACUGGUCACCAGCAGCGUCGAUCUGCUGCUGCUCGACGACACCAAGAUGAAAGCAAACAAAGAUUGCUACCCGCGGGUUCUGGAGCACAUCAUCAGCACACAGUCGCCGCAGGUGCUGUGCCGGGACUACAAGGAGAUCCUCGGCACCCUCGACGUCUUCUCCACCGAUCCAGAUGAAUCCGUACGGCUGUACCUGGCCUGCUGGCUGCACAAGUACUGCGCCAGCUGGUUCGAGCGCGAGCAGGACCAGCAGAGCAUAUUCAGCAAAGCGUUCCCGGAGAAGAUCCUGCAGAUCAUCGUCCGUUACCUAACAGACGAACCGAACGUCCGGGCGGCUACGUUCGAAUCGCUCACGUUUCUGAUCGAGAAGGGCUACCUGGACCGGGCCACAACGAUCAAGCUCAACAUCGUCGAGGAGCUGGUCAGCAAACCGAUCAAUGAAUCGUUCAUGGACAUGUGCACCAACUACAUCCAUCUGAUGGUCAAGAUUGCGCCGCUCGUGGGCAGCGCCAAGACGCAGGAGCUCCUGUACAGCCGCUUCGUGAAGAUGUGUACCUGCAAGAUCAACUUCGUCCGCAAGGAGUGUGCCACCGCGUUCCCGGUGAUGUGCGAGGUUCUGGGGAACGAAGUGUUCGAGAAAAAUCUGCUGCACAUUUUCAUGAAACUGUGCGAAGACGAAAUCUGGACCGUCCGCAAGGCGUGCGCUGAGGUGAUGCCGUUCAUUGCGCUGCUUUGCACGCUGGAAAAGCGCCGCAAGGUGCUGGUGCCGGCGUACAAGAAGUUUAUGUUCGAUUCUAGUCAGUGGGUGAUCAAGGCGGCACUAAAGAAUUUGGGCCGAUUUUUGGCGACCUUCGCACAGCUGCAGAUCCUGGGGCUGGCGUACAACAACAGUCUCGAGCUCUCGAUCACCAACGCGGCGGACGAAGCGUUCCAGGAGCUGAUGGCCAACAGCCGGCAGCUGACGUACGGUGGCAGCCAGCCCGCGCCCAGUGUUCUGCUGAAGAACUUCGAGUGCUACGAGAAGCGGUUCAAGGAGUCGAUCCAGCGGCACGCGCUGCUGUCGCUAGUGAAAUCGGACGACGAACCGUGGAAGUCGCCACGCACCGAGGAUCGCAUCAACAUCGAGGCGUACCUGUCGUCGGUCGUGUUCGUCGAGCAGCAUCCGUCCCAGCGGCAGUCAACCGGCUCGACGUCGGACGACGGCGGGGGCAUUUCGAAGCUGGCCGAUUUCUACUACGUCCGCCACAAGUCGCUCUCCUCGAGCUCAUCGAUCGCGUCCACCUCGCCGACGCCGUCGCCCCUGUUCCGCGCCAAUCAAACGUACGACGAAAAGAAUCCUCUCAAUCGCUUCCUGCGCUACUGUUCGCCGCUGAAGAACAAUUUCGAGAAUGCGUUCUCUAAUCCGUCCGGCGGCGACGGGGGCGAGCAGGGCGGUGGUAGUGAUGCGUUCGAUAACCACGGCCACUGGGACUCGGAGGAUGAUAAUUUUGGCACGAAAAUGCCCGAUCUUAGUCUCGGUGACGGCGGAGGCGGUGGCGACGCCUGUGGUGGUGGCCUGCUGGCGGAUGGGGGCGUCGGUACGAGUGGGGUCAUAUUUGACGGUGAUAAUCCGAAGCACGUGGCCGAAGCUGCAGCGGCGGGUAGCGGUGGGUUAGAUUUUAUUAUGGAAUCGAGCGAAGAGGACGAAAACACCAUCGACGAGUACUUUAAUUCACACCAAUUCUGGUACAUCAGUCCCGGGCUGGCCCUCGAUCUGGAGUUUAUCGACUCCGACGGGGACGGCAACGGAAGCAAGGAUGCAAGCAAUAACAACCAACCUGCCGUCGGGGGCGAUGGUGAUGGUGACGAUAAGAAAACGACGGAAGCGGUCGCUGUGCUGGAGGAUGAUAGCCGCAAUAACAAUCUACUCCUCCAAGCAUCGUCGGUACCAACGGCGUCAAGCAGCAACUCCGGUGAUGCGGGGACUCCGGUGCCAAGUGGCAACGAAAGUACCACAUCAUCCGCGAUGGUGGUAGAGGACAGCGAGAACCAGAAUGAUAGCGAUUCCAGCUACGGCAGCAUCAACAACAACGAAUCGGACAACAAGCUGAUCUACAUGUACGAAGAUUUGUUACCCCCUUCGCAAGCAAACCUAGGACCCGGAGCAUCAGCCGUGGCUGCCGGGUUGACCACCACGUCAACGGGUUGUUCGAGUGGCGGAGCGGUGGUCUCGGCGACAAGUGCCAGCAGCACGAGCACCACUGGCGCCGCCGCCGCUACGACGACGGUGGAGCGCAUCCGGGCGGCCGAACAGCUGAGGACACAGAUUCGCUGGGAGAACGAAGAAGUUGAGUGGAACCUGCUGGAGGACUUCCUGCACAUGAAGAACGUCAACAAGGAGCUGUGCCUCGACUGUGCGUACAACUUCCCGGCCGUGGUGCUGACGUUUGGCGAAAAGUUUUGGCCCAUCCUGAGCCGCUACUUCUUCGAUCUGUGCGCCGACGUGCAGCAGUCGGUGCGGCGCACGAUGGCCGCCUCGAUCAGCAAGGUGGCGCUUAUCAUUGGCCGCGAGCAGGCGACCCGCGAUCUCGUACCGUCGUACACGGAGUUUCUGCUCGAUUCCGACGACAUCAAGUUCGAGGUGGUGCGCACGUUGGCCGAGUUCCUGAAGGUCAUCGAUAGCUGUGAGCACGAGAUGCUGAUGAAUCACCUCGGGAUGUGCCUGCAGCCGCCGCUGCAGAUGAUGAACUGGCGCUUCCGGGAGCUGGCCGGCCAACAGAUUGCCGAGCUGGCCCGCAUGCACACCAAGAUUCGCAAGGAAAACUGUCUCCUCUUUCUGGCCGGCCUGUCGUUGCGCCUGAUGCUCGACAAGUACGACAGUGUUCGCAAGGCGGGCAUUGAUGCGUUUGUCGAAUGCAGUCACGAGUUCCAGCAAAACGAUAAGGUGUUUGAGUUCUUCAACAAACACUUUGCCUUCUACAACGAGUGGCGUCGUCGGCAAACGUAUGUGAUAGCGGCUGGAAAAAUGCUCGAGACUGAUCGUGUCGAAGUGAAAAUCUUCCGCAAACAUGUGUUCAACAACGUACUCAAACUGGCCAGCGAUGUGGUGCCGAACGUUAGAAUACAAGUCGCCAAGUGCCUCAAGGAAAUCAUUGUCCCGCACGCCAACUUUGCCGACGAUCCGCUGGUAGAAUCGGCAAUGGAGAAGCUGCGCCACGACCUAGACUGUGACGUGCGGGGCCACAUCGAUGGGUACCAGAGCAUGGAGGAGGAGAUGGCGGCAGCCGCGGCCGGUACGGAUGACGGCGGCGGUGGUUCGUCGUCGUCCCGCGCCAGUGCGACGUCUUCGGCGGGCACCGCAGAAGCUGGCGGUGGCAUCAUAUCGUCAACCGGGGGCGAAACGGAGCACUCUCCGUCAUCGUCGUCUUCAUCGUGCUUCUCGAUGCCGGUUUCGUCGCCGCUUUCGUACGCAGAAGUAACCAGCGGGUAUCUGGGGUCGCCCAUUUCCUCGCUACUGCUGGACGAUGGAUUGGGCAGUUUGCUCACGAAACUGAAGCACGACAAGGGGUCCGACAGUGAAAAGCAGCAACACCAUGACGAGCGAAGGUUAGGCGGAGGAGACCCGGAGGAGGUGGAACUUACGUCGUCGGGGCACCAUCACCACUAUCACCACCAACAUCACCGCCAGCAGCAGCAGCACCAGCAAGCGGAUGAGGAAGACGAAUGUGGUGAGGAAGCAAUAGAACAGCCCACUUCCUCGAUGUCGACCGACGACGAUGCGGCCUACUGUUCCGAGAUGGAAUCGUCGACGGCUGCAUCGACCCCCUCGGCAACGCUUCCUACGCGCGCUACCACCACCAGCAUUCCAUUGGAGCAGGGCCACGGAGACACAACGACUGAUGACACCGAAACGCCGGUCCACGAAACGGAACAAAACAGAAGCAACAACAACCAAGUGGGGCCAACCACUGGAGGCGCCAUGGAGGCAACGCCGCAGCUUGUCAACGGGGAAAAUACGGUCGUCCCAAGCCGUCCCGAUUCCACGGACCGGAGGGCGGACAAUGUUGUAGUGACGGCAAGCACGGUUCCCUCGUCGAUCCCGACCAGCACCACAACGACGGCACCUCGGGUGAGGGACUACUUCCGAAGGCGCUCCAAAGGCAAAAAAUGAGGUGGCGGUGCCGAAGCCUAAAGCCUCAAACGGGUCGGUCAGCCUAAGUGGAGGUCGCCUUGUGGCCACCCUCUUUAUGUGACCACCCUGAAGAAGUAGUAGUGUUGUGUAGCCACCAGCGUAUAAGUAGAAAAACCGUGAACCCCGUGUAGAGCGCAUCGCGGGGACAGAUAAGAACUCGGAGACUCUAGAGCAGGAAACACAAUCAUAAUUGAUUUACUUAGUUUUAUUCAGUCGCGCAAAACUGGGUUGGAGGGACACUACACAAGACGGUCGUGAGGUUAGCAAGAAGAGGUGUAGUUAGUGUGACAAACAGUGUUUGUAGUGUUGGUGGUACGCAGUAAGAGAGGGAUCGUUGUGAGUUUAGUUUACAUUUUACGAGAUUGAUAUCGUGCGCACGCGCGCCAGGAACCGGAGAGGGAUCGAAUAUUGCGCGGCCUUCGUGAAGGGUUCGAAUCUGGGCUUUGGUUUUUUUUAAGGACCAAACAACUUGUGUUGAAACAUCCUACAGUAAGUGCGAGGAAAUUCAAGCGAACCCAGUCGCCCGUGCCUGCCAACCACCACAUUACAUCAUAGAAGACUUACUUUGGCGAUGUGUUCGACUCGUACCAUCUAGCAACCUUGCGGGAUGUUUAUGUACAGGAAAAAGGAAUGUUGUCAACUGCCAGCUGCGCUCUAUUAUUGCCACUUAGUUGUAUAUUUGAACGAUGUUCUUUUUUGCGGGCCACACAACGUCCGUGUUUGCCGCCCGUUUUUCUUUUGUGACCGUUACUGUUCCAUAUCGUAUUUUUUUGUUAGGCGCAAGUUAGGCUUUUUAAAAGAGAGACACUGCUCCCCGUUGUGUUCGUCGUUCUCUGGUUACCCGUUUCAACACUUCGUGCCGUACUGCACCUUCGUAGCACACAGUAAAUAGCGGGAUACUAGUAACCUAUCUAUAAAACUCUCCAUCGCAACAAUGCACAACGUGCGGUGCGGCAUAUCACGAACACGGGAUACUUUCUCCUCGUUAUCUGUGAGUUGUCUGUUUGGGUAGUGCGUUUUGUUGUGCGUGAGCGGACGUUGAGUGCGUUUGAUUUUCUAGCGGCGGAUUUUGAAUGGUGGGUCCUGUUCCGGAUGCACAUAUUCUAGUAGAAGAUUAAUACAAAAAGAAAACAAAAACAAGCAAACCAUAACACAACACAGCUAGUAAAACUAAAUAAAACGUAAAACCCGGGGCGGAUCCAAGAGAGAGAAAGAGAGGGAGAGGGAGAGAAUGUGAGUAAAAUAGCAAUAGCAAAGUGUAAGCGAAAAAACCCGGGACUGAACUUUGGAAGCCAUUGAUUAUCAGCACACGUGGUAAUGGCAAGUGGAGCGUGCGAUAGUGAGAGAGAGAGGACUGAACGAUUAUUCGGUGUGAUAGAUGGGCGAGAGGUUACGUUGUGUUCCGUGUUGUGUUCCCCCCGGGGGUUUUGUUCGGACGGAGAAUAAACGAAUGACGGAGUAUGCUUGUCAACUGAAGAGAGAACAAAAAAGAUGUAUAUUUUACACCGGCGCUGGUGCGCGCAUGGCGGCGGUCGUGCCCUGCCAAUCUUGCGACCAACACGAAGACAAAAAAGAAGGCAAGAUGUUGCGCGUUGCGGAAGAAAGAUAUAUCGCCCUAAACAAUAAGCCUAGCGAGAUAAUAAAGUGAGAAAG